UAAUGUUGUCUUAUAGGAUUUUUAAGAGCUUUGGGAUAAAUCAUCUGCUUUAGUUAAAAGCCUACAGGAGGGAAAAAGUUUAUUGGAAACUGUGCAGCUCCACCAGGCUGAGGUCCCAAGCCCUAAUCCUUGGGAUGGAGGAAUUGGUGGGCCUGCAGAGGAGCUGGGGGCAUGGAUGUUCCGAGCGCACAGGGAAAUCCUGUGGUACACAAAACAUCUCCACAGAAGGUCAUCAUCUCCUUUAACUCUCUUCCAUGGGGCUAGUGACCUACUUUCCUUCUCACUGUCUUGCAGCAUAGUUUGUUAGCACAUGUGGCAGAGCCUGUGCUCACCUCUACCCUGAACCUGUGAAAGGGCUGCUGUGUAUUGCUGGGUUUGGGUUUGGUGUGAUGCCCAGUAUGUGCUAUGCUGGUGAAGUCACACCUGCACCUGAAGAGCACUGAAGUCUGUUGAUGGGAACAAGAUAAAUCCUAUUCUUGGUUUCCAGCACUAUUUCUUCAGGAGUGUACAUUUUGGAGUUUUUCAGUAAGGAAGAAGCCGGUGCUCUGACUAAUUGGCAUUCCAUGACUGGCUAGAUGGUGUGCAUCCCCACAGAUAUGUAGCCUGUAGAAUUAUUAGAGCUUUCAAGGACCAGCUAUUCUGGUCUGGCUAUAACUCUUAAGCAACUAAUUGGUUUGGUCACAAUGCUCUGAGCUAUCGUAUUUGUUUUGUGCUUUCUAUAGUUUUGCUUUUAACAUUUCAAAAAAUGGUCUAUAAAAGAUGCAAGAAAAACAAGUUUGUGUGUCUCAAAAUGCGUCCUCUUCUUGCUAAUAGUGGCUUUUAUUAUUAUGAAAAGUGAAGGAGGAAAACAUUUUUCUGGACAUCUUAAAAGUAGCUUGUGGAGGUGACAAAAAUGCUUUGUGUGAGGCAUAUUUGUGCAUUUGCACUGAGACGUUGCCAGUUUCGAACUCUGAGUAGUGACACGUUGCUGAGACAGUUAAAUAGCUGCACAACUGAAGAUCAGGUCUUUGAUCUUGUUGGAAAGAACAAAGCCAGACUAUCUGAAAAACACGUUGGAACUGCAAUUAGUCAACUGUGGAACUUUCAAAAGGACAAGUCCCGUCUGUUGAGGAAUAUCGACUAUGUAAAAAACCAUUCCCAGUUUCUUACUCUUUGCAUUUUAGCUGAAAACAAGAUAGAAUUUAUGGAUGAUGAUCUCUUGGUGGAUACGCUGUACAGUGUAUUGAGGUUCACUGUUGAGGCCCAUGAUUCUCUGGUAGAAGAGCUGGUUGUGGAAGCAUGGAGAAGAUUAGAAAGGUUUAGUCUGCCAACUCUGUCUAGGUUUGCAGUGUGUCUAAAUGAACAACAGAUAUACUCUACCCCUCUAAUUGGCAAAAUAGCUGAUAUUGUGAAAAUGAACUUGGAUUCUAUACAGGACAUAAGGGUCCUGUUGGUUUUGAUGGUCAGUAUAUCUGGUGUCAUCUCACAGAGUUUUCAAGAACAAUUAAUACAAAAGGCUGAACUUCUGUUGGAAACAGAGAAUUGCUUCCAUUUCAACCAUGCCAGAAGGAUGGUGCAGUUUCUUCGAAAUGUCAGACUAACUCACCGUCCGUUGCUGGAAAAAUGCAAUAAGAUUUUCCUUAAGAAUCUCAGUCAGCUUGAUCUAGAGAGCAUCAGUCAUAUCCUUACACUAUACCAGACUCUACAGUUUAACAACACUGAAUUCCGAUUAGUCAUUAAACAGAAGCUGACUGAAACUAUUGAUGAUUGUAUCAAUCCUGUGAGUUUCACAAAAUUAUUUGCUGCUCUAGGGCCUCUGGCAGGACCAGAGGUAAGAGAACGGUUAAUAGCAACUGCACUACUAAUGGCGGAAGAAUUUAACUGUAACGAAGCGUUGGUAGUAGUGGAAACAAUGGAAAAAAUGGAAUGUAGAAAUUCACAUCUGAUUCAAAAAAUUGCUUCUCUUCUACAUAAGUACUUGGAUAAGUACAAGCCCCUAGAGUUGGCAAAAAUAACGCAAGCCUUGCUGCUGCUGCAUUACUAUAAUGCAGAGCUUUACACCAAAUUAAGAGGAUUGGUAGUUGGCUACUUACAAGUUAAUGUUGUACCCCGUGACAUUUCUAUGCUAAUUCGUGUUCUGUCCAUGCUUCCUUCUUCUCAAGUGGAUGAAGUAGUGAUUAACAGAGUUGAUGCAGUUUUGUCUCAGUGCAACUUAAAUGAUUUGAAUAGCUUUGCUACAGCUCUUGUCAGAUGGGUUCGUCGUGAUCAGUCACGUCAUCAAAGCACUUCUGGACCAAGUGCAAAGCUUCUGCAAAAAUUAAGUAACUACGGAUAUCAGAGGCUUCAAAAAGCCAGUGACUUGGAUCUGUUGCUGGAAGAACGUAGAUAUAUAUCUGGAGAAUGGUUUGAAGAAAUACUUGUUGAAGAAACAGUGAAUGCUUGUCAGCGCUUGAUGGACCAAAUUACAUGGAUGAAUGUACAAGAAUUUUCAACUUUUCUCCUCAAAACAAACUACCGCUGUACUCCAUUACUUGAUAGAAUAGCUUCUGUGGCAGUUCAACAUAUAAACAAGAUCCAUCCUUCUGGAAUGUAUGCUAUUCUCCGCCCCUUCACUGUUCUGAAUUAUGAUCCUCCUCAAAGUGAAGAGUUCUUUGAGUUUUGCAUCCAACAUUGUAGCUCUCACUUAGAUUGUUUUGAGCCUCACAUCCUAGUGCUGCUUGGUUAUUCCUUGGCUGUUGCUGAGUAUUUUCCUCCAGCCCUGAUCAACGCAAUAUUUAAUGUUGAUUUCCUAGCCAAACUGGAUGCCCAGCUUGAAAUCCUGACAGAUAACUUGAAUUGGAAGGUCCGGUUACGCCUGAUGGAAUUGAACAGAGCUGUGUGUCUGGAAUGCCCUGAGUUUCAGAUCCCUUGGUUUCAUGAGCGCUAUUGUCAGCAGAUGCAGCGUAAAGGCAAUCGCAGCACAAAUACAGCGCAACAGCAGAUUCGUAGAAUGCUGGGGGAGAUCUUGGGAGGAAGCCAGUAUGCAAAAGUAUCUGUUCUCACGCCUUACUACUAUGGAAUAGAUUUUGAAUUCAUUCUGGAUAAAAACAAAAAGCCUCUUCCCUAUAUGGAUCAGAGUAUAGUUUUGGCUGACUUAGUGCAGUGGGGACCAGACAUCCAGCUCCUGGGGAAGAAGGGGCUUCCACCGGGAGCACAGAGAAUUGCUGUGGAGUUUCUGGAUUCUAAAGCUUUUUGCAAAAAUUCAUGUCAGCUCAAUGGAGAAAUUGCAAUGAAAAAAAGACACCUGGAAAUUUUGGGGUACCAGGUGGUUCAGAUUCCUCACUUUGAAUGGAAUUCCAUGGAGCUGUCAUCAAAAGAUGCAUGGAUGGAGUAUCUGAAAAAGAGUAUAUUUGAAACAAAGUAAUAUAGAAGAGACAAUCCAUGAAUGUAUAUUUUCAUAUAAACAUUUAACUUGAUCAUGUAACAUUAAAUAUUUUUUAACCUUAA